GAAGUGAAGAAACGGCAAGAGCCGACAAAAGUGAUUUCCAUGUUAGAACCAAACGCAAUAAAAGUGAAAAAUUUUAAAUACGCAAAAGCGAAAGAAAAGACUUGAACUCUAUCGGUGCGAAGCAAAGAAAUAAAUUCGCGCGCCUGCUUCGCAAACAGUAACAAAAAUUCUAUACCCAACGGAAACGUGCGGCGCGUGCAAUUCCUCCAGCGAGAACAUCAUGCUGAUAUCCUAUCGAUGUCUCUACUCCCUCCUUAUAUCGAGCAUAGCCUGCAUUAUGGUGGUGCUCACAUCGGCGGCACACAACUCUCAGCUGCCGGUUCGCAAAUGUGCCGGCGGUCAAAGCCUGCGCCUGGGUGUCAAUUUGGGCACCUUUGGCUUUCUGGAAAAUCGGAUCAGCACGCUGGAGGCGCCGCGACAAACGCACUGGUCUAAAAAAUUCCUCGCCAAGCGCGAGGCAACACCGCAUUCGGCGCCCUACGUGGUCAGCAUUCAGAUGAUGACCCCCGAUCAGGGACUGGUGCACUAUUGUGCAGGAACAAUAAUUAAUGAGCACUGGAUAUUGACUGCUGCGCAUUGUCUCAGUUCGCCACAGAUGGUGGCCAAUUCGGUGAUCGUUGCGGGCAGUCACGACAUUCACAAUCAUCGCGGGGAGGCCGCCAACAUACAGCUACGUCGCAUCGAUCAGUAUGUGAAUCAUGAGCUGUAUCUGGGCGGUGUGAACCCCUACGACAUUGCCCUGAUCUACACCAAGAAGCCAUUGGUCUUUGACAAAUAUGUGCAGCCGGCUGUUCUGCCCGAACAGGAUGCCCAACCAGAAGGAUAUGGCACCCUCUACGGCUGGGGCAAUGUCUCCAUGACCGCCGUACCCAACUUUCCACACAAGCUGCAGGAAGCCAAUAUGCCAAUACUGGACAUGUCGCUGUGCGAAAAGAUUCUGGCACGUUCAGGACUGCUACUCCACGAGACCAACUUGUGCACGGGCCCCCUAACCGGCGGUGUCAGCAUUUGCACCGCCGAUUCCGGAGGUCCUCUGAUACAGAAAUGCUGCGAAGACUUCUACGAGCAGAGCAACAUCAUCAUUGGCAUUGUCUCUUGGGGAAAAAUGCCGUGCGGACAAAAGAAUGCGCCCUCUGUGUUCGUGAGGGUUUCGGCCUUCACAGACUGGAUCAACCAAGUCAUUAGCACAGCCACCCAGAUCAUGUAAAAUAUUAUCAACAAGGAGAGAGGAGUCUAGGGAGAACUCAGCAUACAUGAAAACUCGAAUGGGAGAGAAACAUAACAAGAACCAAAAUAUUAAAAAAUAAUUAUUAUUUAUGCCGUUUUUGUGUAAAAAAUUGAAAAAAAAUUAAUAAUAAUCUCAAUUAAGUAGUUUAAAAAAAAUUGUACAAAAAACACAAAAAAUA